UUGCUCUGCCUUUUAAAUUGCAUUCGCAGUUUGGAGGCAUUUUAAAAUUCCAGCAACCUCUGCCAGUGCGAACAGCAAAAUGUCAUGACGACUGCUUGAAAAAAUACGAGGGAAAAUGCAAGUGUCCGCUGUGAUCACACUUUUGUCCUUGUCCCUCCUGGGCCGUAUCCAGGCUGCGGACGAUCUGCACUUCGCUCACCGUUCCUAUGAAGAGCUGACGCUAUGGCUGAACGAGACGUCGACCCAUUACCCCCGACUGGCCAAUUUCUACUCCAUAGGACAGUCAGUCCAGGGGCGAGAACUGUGGGUGCUGCGCCUGGCCGAGGAUGUGCAGGCAGGGCGUCCGGUCGGGCGUCCGAUGUUCAAGUGGGUGGCCAACAUGCACGGUGACGAGACGGUCGGACGGGCCCUAGUCAUCCUCAUGGGCGAGUACCUGCUCAAGAUGUACGGCAAGGACGAAAGGGUCACUGCCCUGCUCAAUUCGAUCGAACUCCACCUGAUGCCGUCCAUGAACCCUGACGGAUUCGCUGCAGCUAAAGAGGGAAACUGCGAUUCUCUAUCAGACUACAGAGGCAGGAACAACUACAACCGUGUGGACCUGAACAGAGACUUUCCAGACCAAUUCGACAGAGUAAAAAAAGACUAUUUUCAAUACAUCAUAGAAGGAAGGCAGAAGGAAACCGUGCUGAUCAUGACGUGGAUCUCAAAUAAUCCCUUCGUGCUCUCUGGGAAUUUACACGGUGGAGCCGUUGUCGCCAGCUACCCUUUCGACGACACAGGGGGCCCUGAGGAAGGUGGUGUCGCGUCUCCCACGCCAGACAACAGCCUGUUCAUCAGUCUGGCCAAGCUGUACGCGGACGGACACACUUUGAUGAAAAACAACAUUAAGUGUGAGGCAGGAGACCAUUUUCCUGGAGGCGUCACAAACGGAGCUCACUGGUACAAUGUUCAAGGUGGCAUGCAGGAUUACAACUACUUGCACUCAAACUGCUACGAAGUGACCUUUGAGCUGUCUUGUUGCAAAUAUCCAGCUAGCAAGGAGCUCAGCAAUGAAUGGAUAAAAAACAAAGAAGCUAUGCUGUCCUUCAUGGAGGCGACACACUGGGGUGCUAAAGGAGUUGUCCGUUCGUCCAAUGGCAGUCAGGGAAUUAGUGGUGCCCAAAUAUUGGUCAAGGGCAACUCGCACAUAAUCUCUACCUCUGACAGAGGAGAGUUUUGGAGGCUCCUCUUACCUGGCACCUACGAAAUCACGGUCAAUGCUACAGGGCACAAUCCGCAAACAAAAUCAGUGACCGUCACAAAGGACCACACUGCCGUGCUUGAUUUUGAGCUGGAAAGCACAAAUUCAUUGCCAAGCAAAUCCCCAAGAAUUGAUAAUUUGACUUCUCAAAAGGGCCUGCAAGUGAUACCUGCUCCCAAGGUGCAACCUCUCCCAAAGUUUUUUCACCAUGACCACUCUGCCCUUUUUAAAGACCUUUUGACUCUGACUAAAAACUAUCCAAGCAUCACUCGACUUUAUUCAAUCGGCAAAAGUGUUAAGGGGAAGGAUUUGUAUGUCUUGGAAAUUUCCGACAACCCUGGAGUUCAUGAACAAGGUGAACCGGAGGUAAAACUUGUUGCAAACAUGCAUGGAAACGAAGUGGUCGGGCGAGAAGUGCUUAUCACUCUGGCCCACUGGCUUUGUUCCAACUAUGGCGUGAACGAAACUGCAACCUCAAUAGUGGAUUCGACUCGUUUGCAUUUGAUGCCAACCAUGAAUCCAGAUGGAUAUGAAAUGUCGUCACCAGACUCAAAAGAUAGCAUGAUGGGAAGAAACAACGCGCAUGACGUGGAUCUGAACAGAAAUUUUCCAGAUCAGUACCAGAACUUCAAUGAAAUUCCUAAUGCUGAACCUGAAACCAUGGCUGUGAUGGAGUGGACCAGAUCUUACCCUUUUGUUCUCUCAGCCAACCUCCAUGGCGGCUCAGUCGUCGCCAAUUAUCCCUUUGAUGGCCAGGCGCCUGGUCAGGCUAAGGGCCAGGCCAAUUUAGCACCUGACAAUGCCGUCUUCCAACACUUGGCUCACCUUUAUGCCAGGAACAAUCCAUCCAUGAUGAGAGGCCCGCAGUGCAAGCUGCGUACCAAGGAACUCUUCCACGAGGGGACAGUGAAUGGCGCUUCAUGGUACGCCGUUUAUGGAGGGAUGCAAGACUGGAACUACAUCUUCCAAGAUUGUUUCGAGUUGACCGUUGAGAUGAGCUGCAACAAGUACCCACCUGCGGAUGCCCUGCUGGGUUAUUGGACUGAAAACAAGGAUUCGCUGCUGCAUUUUGUACAGCAGGCUCACAUAGGGCUCAAAGGAUUCGUGCUGGACAAUAGUGGCCAGCCAGUACAAGGCAGUUUCCUUGAGGUGGACGGAAUUGAUCACAAGACCAGAGUGACGCCAAAUGGCGAGUACUGGAGGCUGCUAAUGCCCGGCACCUAUCUCAUCACCGCUUAUGCCUCUGGAUACGAAUCUUCUCCUGUUCUGGUAAAUGUGAAUGAGAGCCUAAACUUCAAUUUCACAAUGAUGCCUGCAAAUUUAAACGAGUGGUCGAAAUUAAAAGACUUCAACAUUGCUGAAAACAUGAGCCCGACUUUUUCCUACAUGAGAAACGUUGAGAUUGAAGGCGUGCUGUUCAACCUCGAAAGACUUUUUGAAACCUUUAACGAAUUUGAAAAAAUCGAGAAUGAAUAUAAUGUCAUCACAGUCGGCACAGAGGCUCGAGUUCCAUCUGAAAAAAUGAACAUUUUGCUGAUUGGAGGGCUACAGCCUGACGAGCCAAUUGGAAGAGAAAUUCUUGUGAGAUUCGCUCGCCACUUGACAAUCGGCGCGCAAAAAUCCAACCCUGCAAUCAUGAAUCUGCUCAGUAAAGCGUCAUUCAUAAUUGUCCCUGGCGCAAACAAUCAGUUCGACCGUGUUAGAGCGUCUUGUACACCUGAGCAAAGAGGAUACACAAACCAGAGCAGAAAGGUAGAGCAGUUGGUCGAGAAAGUUAUCACUGAAUGGGACAUUGACUUUGCAAUAUCGUUUGGGAGCGGAGGAUACUAUUUUGAAAUUCCUUCCAGUGGCACCAGUGAGCAGACCAAAUUUUUCAAGAACCUUGAGAUGCAUUUUAAGAUGGGCCACAGUGUGUUUUCCAAGACUAACACAUUCUGUGCUGUGAACAGGACCAAUGAAGAAUUCACUCCCAAUCAAAUCUACUCUAAAUAUUCAGUUCCUAUGGUUUCUGUGCAUUUGGGAUGCUGCAUAUACCCGCCUGCAACUCAAAUUCCUAUUCUAUGGAGACAAAACUUGGGCGGCAUACUGAACUUGGUUACUGCAGCUUUGCAAGGCGUGACUGGUCGAGUAAUGGACGAUGAAGGAAAUGCCUUGCGAGAGGCCAGCGUCGUUGUGCUCGGCUCGAACAGCAAAGUGACCUACUCCAUGAAUGAGGCUAUCUUCCGCUCGAUCCUGCCGUCAGGCGAGCACAGAGUCAAGGUCUCCGUGCCAGGCUACCCAGAGAAAACGCUAAAUGUGACCGUGGAGACAGGCCGGCUGAAGCACCUGGAGUUCAUAAUGGGGCCGUCAAGGCACUAUGACACCAAGUCACAGAACUGGCUCAACUCACUUUGCAAUUUCUACCCCUCAGUCGCCAAGCUGAUCAAAAACGAGGAUUUCAAAUAUUUGCAAUUGGGAUUCAACCGAGUGGGUCACGCGACAACGCCAUGCACCGCAGUCAUCUUCACAUGCCACUCAGACCCUUGCCCAGCGAGGGAAGCUGCCAAGGGCGUUGCCAACACCAUUAUCGAGAAAUUCGCAGAAUUUAAAGACGAGGGCAGUCUCCUUCAGGCCACCAGUGUCAACAUCCUGCCGUGGCUAUUAGAAGCCAAUGAGCCCAGCGAAGAGAGUAUUUUGAAGUGGAUUGAAACGCACCAGCCCUCUCUAGUAAUUUAUCUUAAUAAUGGGAAAAGUCCAGGCGUCAGCAUUCCUAGGACUGACAGUAGUGACUCUAAGCUUCAGGUGUUGAAAAAUGCGAUGGAACUCGUUUUCUUAAACAACACUCAGUUACCAGAGUCUCCAAAAGAUUCAUUUGUGAACAAAAUCAACUCGCGAAUUGAUACCGUGGCCCUCGAAUUCGGCGUGAACGGCAAGUACAACGCGUCACUGCUGCAGUCGUUGGUGGCCCUGCAGGUGGAUUAUGGCGUGACGGUGCUGGUGAUGGAUGACAUAAAGGACGUGAUGCUGCAUUCAUCAGAGAUAGAAAUCAAGUCGCACAAUCUGAACGCCACAGUUAAGCCAAAACGAGGCCUGAUGUGGCGACCACUGCCCCCUGGCGAGUAUGCCUUCUACGUCUCGUCACCUAACUACCUGCCGCUGGUGCACGACUUCAAACUGGCCACCAAGAGUCACGAAACGAUCGUGCUGCGGCUCGUUGAGGACCCCACCUUCCUGGGCGUUUCGACCAUCACCCUUAUUUUCAUCUGCGGCUUGCUGACGCUCGGAGCGGCCACCGUGACCGUGCUCAGGGCGGCAAUUCAGUAUAAGAGGUCUGCCGCGCAGAACCGCAGGUCGCACAGGACUCACAGCAGUGGUGAAAUUUCCACGAGCAAGUAUAUGGACGUCGCCAUCGACUCAGACGAGGCGGACGAGGACGAUGACAGGGACAGCUCGUCUUCCUGACACGCACCUUGUGAUUUUGUAACUGUGUAGUUUUAAUUUUUGAAACUUGAUCAAAGCCCUGAUAAAAUUAAUGGUAUUAAAAGCUAGCUCAAAUUUUAUUGGUGCACAAGAAAGAGCUUAAUCUUUGUAAAUUUGCUAUGUAAAAGUCAAUUAUUUUAACUUGCACAAACUUAAUUGGAUUACUCCUGAUAUUAUUUGAUUCCUCAAAAGUGAUUGCAUCAGGAAUACACAUGCUUACAUUUUUAUGUUUUGUUAGCACCUUCUCUGCUGUCUGACACUUGGUAAGGAUUUGAGAGUUUAUUUUGUUAACUAUUAAGUUAUUUAAAUGUACAGUGACUGACCAAAAUGUGACUCAUUUGUAUAACUCAAAAAUGCAGGACUCAAUGGGAACAAAUUGUAACAAAAUAUUUUUUUAUUUAGAUAUAAAAGCCGAAAAAUCUGUCAUUGUCAAAAUAAAACUAUCGGAAUUAAA